GUGCAUCUCUAUAUAUGAUAUGACACUUAUUCCUCCAUAAACGACCUACUCCACUUACAGAGAAGAUGGCUUCUCCAACAGUUGAGGGAGAUAAGUAUCGGUCUCACAUCUAUGGCGAAGCAGAGAAGAACACCAAGUGGAGAUGGGGAGCUCCUCCCAACUAUGACGUAGUAAACAAACUCUUCGAAGAAGGCAGAACUAAGAUAUGGCCCCCUGGUUCUCUUGAAGAAAAGGUCCAGAACCUUGUCAAGACAUGGGAAAUGGAGAUGUUCCAUAAGACAGGCUUUAACGACUACAAAACCGUCGACCCAGAGAAGUACAGGUUCAGUCUCAAUGGAAGGCCACUGAUAUCUCUAGAAGAAAAGCGUCGUCUCGGUGGAGGCUAUAAUUCACUGUUGCAGACCUCCUUGCCGGAGGAAUACCGCUGCUAUAAUCCGGAUGUUGAAACGGUAGAUUCAGCUCACCAGGCCUUCACCACAGCAUUCCCUCGUGGGUUUGCUCUUGAGAUUCUGCAAGUUUAUUCUGGUCCACCUGUAAUUGUGUACAAGUUCAGGCACUGGGGAUUCAUGGAGGGUCCCUUUAAAGGGCAUGCCCCAACAAGAGAGAUGGUGGAAUUAUAUGGGAUGGCCAUUUUUGAGUUGGACGAACAGAUGAGGAUAGUGAAAGUGGAAUUCUUUUACGAUCGUGGAGAACUGCUUGGAGGUCUUAUGAAGGGUGAAAGUUCAGCCAACUCCAUAGAACAGGGCCCUUCAAGUUGCCCUUUUUUAAGAAAUACGGGAUAGUUAUAUUACAAAUUUUCAGAAGAUGGUUGUAAUUUUGAACGUUUCAAUGGAAACAUUUCUUUAGGAUUCUGAUUUCGCUCCAGAAGUUAGAUUUCUAAACGAAUAUGUCCUAAACUUUUAGGGAAAGAAGAUCAGGAAUAUAAUUCCACUUUUUAUUCA